AUGAGAGGCUUAUGGGCUCAAGCGUCUCGACCAAGACUCAGAGGCUCUCAAUAUCUCUCGUCGACCGACUCUCUCAGCUCUACCCUUGUUCGAAAAACCACAACCAGACCUCCAAGACGCCGGCCAGGCUUUGGUGAUGCUUUUACCGUCCUCUUGACCCCUGUCCUUGCGGCCGCCCUCUUCGUCGAUACCAGUUGGAAGGCUAAACAGCGGAAGGACUGGGAGGAGAGGCUCGCUGCCAUCGACAAUGAGAUAGAUUCGCUCAAGGAGCGGGAGCGGCGGCUCCGGAGCACCCUCCAGCUCCGUAACACCCUCUCUGGACUAUCUCAGCAACGGAGAAACUAUGCUACAGCAGUGCAGGCGCGAGUGGAAGACGAUGAAAUCCCGGGAGAAAUUGAGAUGCCAAUAUGGCCGACAGGCUUGGGCCAGGAAGACGGGGUGUUGCAGGACGAGAAGAUACCGAUACGACAAGUGCUCUCUGCACGCGAGUUUUCAGCUGAGCAGCUGUCCAACUUCAAGCGCUACCAUCGUCUGAAUGCAAUCACUCUUGCUCUGAGGAUGCUCUUGCAUCUCCGCGUCGGGCCCAAUCACUUCUACUCGCUCGUGCCAUCGGACGAUCCAAUGGACAGUGCAGGCCUUGAAACUCCUGAGGAUAUCGGCCCUCUUUCAGACACCAACCGGCUAGCCGAGAUGCUCGCUCUGACUCGAAAGCAGAUGCGUUCGUUGGGCAAUCUGGAAGACCUUUUCUAUGUGGCACCUCGCAUCCAAGCGCAGGCUGCCAGAGGUGGUCUCCAACAAGCCAUCAAAGAGCUAACGGCUGAGUUUGAUGCUGGGCGUAUAUCACUGGCUGGGUUGAUCGACGGUUAUGGAAAAGCGGUGCUUCACACGGAUGAAGUACCCUCUGUCUCCGUCUACGUGAUGCUCAUACGGUCUCUUUCAAAGGUGGGAAGCCACAGCUUAGCCUACCAUGCCGUUGCCGCCCUGAAGAGGAGUACCCUACCACUAUCGGACCCUGCAAUCUUCUAUAUGCUGUUGCAAAUUGGUCGAGCCUGCGACUCUCGCUCGCUUAACCAUAUGCUACACUUCAUUGCAAAGGCAGAUAACCCCCUCAAUGUAAUUCACAAAUGGGAAAAGACACGUGUCAAUGGAAUGGACCUUCCUGUUCCGACCACUUUGAAUCCACGUCUUCUGAUGGUCUUGGUCUAUGCAUCUCUGAGGUGCGAGCAACCGACGCGGGCUGAAGCUUGGCUAACGCUCCUCCGCGAGGCGGACUAUGGAAGCAUGUGGAAAGAUGACCUGUUCAGAAGUUUUCUGGCCUACUACUCUCAGCACGGGAAUUGGGAGGAGGGCAAAAAGUGGUUGCAGCGGUCUGUGAAACACGCCUUGACAAUCGCCAACCAGUCGAUUGAUCGGCUAGCGCGGGUGAUAUACCGUAUGCUGGAUCUGUGUGUGCGUUGCUGCAAACUUGCAGAAUAUACCACGAUCCUCGAUGCGGCAGUCGAUGCAGGCAUUGGGCCACCACUGGUCGAUAAAACUCAAAAUGAUCGCAGGACAUUUCACCCUCGGACUCGAAGCAUUCUUCUAGAAUGGGAGUCGCUCCCUCUCCCAGACAAUGUUGAAGAGAGCCCCGCACGGGAAAAAGCUAGGUCGUUUCAAUUGGCAUGCAGGUCAUUGAUGGAGGAGCUCUCCGGAAAGCCCCAGGAAGCCCAGAACUCCCAGAGCAACAUGGAUAGCGAGCUGGUGCUGAUGGCACCUACGGCUCAAAGCCCGAGUCUCCGGUAUGCUGUACGAAGACCAACGCCAGAUUCCCCUGCAACCAGUGGCAGUCAAUCCUCGUCGGCUGAGCUGGACAGAUUGCAAAGUCAAUUUACCCAGCAAGAGGCCAUUAUUUCUCAAUUGAAGACGAAACUGGACCUUGCGGAACUGAGACAAAGGUCAUUCCAAGAAGAAGCAGCUCAAAGAGCACAGAGAUGGAUCAAAAGUACAUCCGAAUUAGCAGCGGAGCUCCGAGAAUCGAAAGAAGGGUUCGAAAAACUUCAGAAGCUGAAUGGACUGUACGAGAAGGAGCGCGCAAACAUGCGAGCGGAGAUGUCAGCCCUCAAAGUUGUUGCUGAACAAUUGAUGCAACAGCGACAACAGCAACCGAAACAGAACGCCUCGGUUUCACCAGAGCUGUCUCUCGAGAAGGAGAGUCUGAAAGGCGAAUCAUUGACGACAACAAUAGAAGAGGGGGUGUCGACUGUGCCCGAGCCAGAACAAGCACCAGUGAAAGUGGAGACCUCAACAGAGACCAGAGUCUCAACCAAAUCGGUCGCAACCGCUAAUCCACGGAAACAUCGCUCCAAGAUUGGUCACAUUUUGACCGCUGGAGAGGUCAGAAUUCAGACCUACUCGAAAAAUUUUGACAAGGAUUUCAGACCGAGGACGUUUAAACGAGUUCAGGUCAAGAUGCGACCAGCCGCAAGUUCAGCUCCGGCACCUUGA